CAAUCCGUAGUAUUUGAACCGGAAGUAUAAAUCGCAACAUGGCGGGUGUAAAUAAAGAAAAACGACCAGAAGAAAGAACAAAACAGUUUAAAAAAGUAAAUGACAAUAAAAAUAAAGUAGUUGUUGAUGAAAAUUCAGCAAUAAUUAAAAUAUUUCGUGGUUUCCAAGGAGAACUAGAUGCCAAGCACGACAAACACGAAAGACUGGUGAAAAUUAGUCGUGAUGUUACAAUCGAUAGCAAGCGCACCAUAUUUCUCCUUCACAGACAUCGAGAUGGAAGCGAUAGAGAGGGCAACGAUGAAAUUCUAAAUGACGCAAAGGACAAAAUUAAAGAAAUACAAAAUAUUAGAUUUCUGGCCAUGGCAGAAGAAUUGGAGGGUGAGGAUCCUUAUCAGUUCAUGAGAGCCAUCUCUCCAGGCAUGCAGGAAUAUAUUGAAGCCAUUUCUUUCUAUUAUUAUUUGAAGCAUGGACAGUUAAUCAGUUUAAAGGAGAUCCAGAAAGACUUGGUAUUCUCUAAAACAGGAGAGGACGGACAAAACAAAACCCUGACAUUGAAUGUUCCCCCCAUAGAGUAUUUAUUAGGAUUAGCCGACUUAACAGGAGAGUUAAUGAGACUUGCGAUAAACAGUGUUGGAGCAGGAAAUUUAGAAACACCAUAUAAGAUUUGUGAAUUCUUGCAAAUUGUUUAUGAUGCUUUUAAUUCUUAUGGAAAUACAUUGAAAGAUUUGAACAGAAAAAUGGGAACUUUAAGACAAAGUUUACGAAAAGUAGAAAAUGCAUGUUACACAUUGCAUGUGCGUGGGUCGGAAAUUCCAAAACAUAUGUUGGCUGAUGUCUUUAUGGCAAGUGGUGAUGAUAAAUAUGCAGAAGAUGUUGAGUAAUACAAAACUGGGUGUAAGAAGCAAUUUUCAGAAAUAAACAAAUUAACCAUAAAA